UCUGCGUGUGGGGACUGGGCCGGGUCACGCGCAGUAUUUAACCGGCCACCCCCGGACUGAUUGGCGCAGUGGCCAUUGGUUUGGGUGACGGGGACGGUCAGUUGGAGACAUGCUGCUGCGAACGUGUAUCGGAGUGUUAAUUGUGGUGUGCGUUGCAGCCGACACCCAAAACUCCACAGAGACGUCCAGCGGCAAUGGCACAGAGACCUCCCACCGUAGUGGACGGUACCUCUUCCAGUACAUCCACAACUGGCUGGGCCUGACCACCACCACAACCACCAGCCGACCCAUAGUCAAGUGUCAGGGCGCCGGAUGCGGCGGCGGUGAGAUCUCCGUCAUCCCCGUGGUCUAUGUGCCGGCCAAGACGAAGGAGUGUGACUACUCCCGUCCCUGCGCCAACGGCCACUGCCUCUCCGGAAAGUGUGUGGCCUGUUCCAGCAGCGCCCACUGCGGCGCGGGACUGGUCUGCAGUAACUACAAGUGCGUGCCGUGCUCCAAUGAUCACCAGUGCGCCGGAACCUCUGUCUGCGAGCACCACAGGUGUGUCCAGUGCCGCUCCCAGGGCGACUGUCCGUACGGCCAGACAUGUCUCCAGAACAAGUGCAGGACGGUGGUGCAGAUCAGUGAGUGCCAAACCGACGCCGAGUGUCAGCUGGGAAAACGCUGCUUGCAGGGGAAGUGCACGGCCGUUCAGGUCAUCCAGUGCUACAGCGACGCCAACUGCGCUUACGGUCAGCAGUGUCAGAAUUUCCAGUGCAGGCAGAAACUGACCAACCAGUGUAGCAGCCACGCAGAUUGUCCUUACGACCAGCAAUGCCAGAACUACCGGUGUACGGUGGUGCUAGUGCAAACUCAUCAAUGCAACAGCAACGCAGAGUGUCCUUAUGGCCAGCAAUGCCAGAACUAUCAAUGCACGGUGGUACCGGUGGUACUAGUACAGACCCAUCAAUGUACCACCAACGCAGAGUGUCCUUACGGGCAACAGUGCCAGAACUACCAGUGCAAGACGGUCCAGACUCCCCAAUGUACCACCAACGCAGAGUGUCCCUACGGUCAACAAUGUCAGAACUAUCAGUGCAAGACGGUCCAGACUCCCCAAUGUACCACCAACGCAGAUUGUCCCUAUGGGCAGCAAUGUCAGAACUAUCAUUGCAAGACGGUGCAGACUCCCCAAUGUACCACCAACGCAGAGUGUUCCUACGGUCAACAAUGUCAGAACUAUCAGUGCAAGACGGUCCAGACUCCCCAAUGUACCACCAACGCAGAUUGUCCCUAUGGGCAGCAAUGUCAGAACUAUCAUUGCAAGACGGUGCAGACUCCCCAAUGUACCACCAACGCAGAGUGUCCCUACGGUCAACAAUGCCAGAACUAUCAGUGCAAGACGGUCCAGACUCCCCAAUGUACCACCAACGCAGAGUGUCCCUACGGUCAACAAUGCCAGAACUAUCAAUGCAUACCGGUACAAACCAGUCAAUGUCGCACCGAUUCCGAUUGCCCACAGGGUCACCGUUGUUUGCAGGGUAAGUGCGCAGCCGUCCAGCCCAACGAGUGCAACCAUGAUGCCGAAUGUCCUCUUGGACACCAAUGCCUCCAGAACCAAUGCAGGCCGGGACAGGCCAACCAAUGUUACAGCGACUCCCAGUGUUCCCACGGACAAGUCUGCAGGGCGAACCAGUGCACGGUUGUUCAGACUGGACAGUGCCAGAAAGAUACCGACUGUCCCUUCGGCCACGCCUGCUGGGAGAACGAGUGUACCCCGGGUAAGUCGAAGAAGUGCCACAGCGACUCAGAGUGUGGUGUGAACCAGAAGUGCCGGGACGGCGCGUGCACGGAUGUGACGGGGCGGCAUAAGUCCUGUUCGAUCAAGGUACCUUGUCCGCCCGGCCAGAAGUGUCGCGACGGUGUCUGCCAGGAGGCGGACGACGACUCGAGCAUCUCCUGCUGGCAGAACUCCCAGUGCAAGUCUCACGUGUGCAGCAGUCGCGGGUUCUGCGCCGAAUGCUCCAACGACGACCACUGUGCGCUUGGCCACUUUUGCCACAACUACCGCUGCGAGAAGCGCCUGCCGACUCUCAGCAAGUGCAAUGCCAACAAUCAGUGCUGGUCGGACAUCUGCAGUAACGGUCUCUGCGUCAACUGUCGCAGCUCCUCCGACUGCCCCGGUCACCAGUUCUGCAACGUGUUCAAGUGCCAGGCGCUGGGUCUGUACAACGAGGGCUGCCGCGCCUAUAGUCACUGCCAGUCCGGCAAGUGCAGCAAGCUCAACACCUGCGUGCACUGCAAGGGGCAGGCCGACUGCCAUCCGGGGGAAUUCUGCAGCUACAAGGGCCUCUGCGAGACGAAGGCCGACCUUCUGGACAACUGCGAGUCCAACACUCAGUGUGUGAGCGGCCUGUGCGGGUACAGCGGCUUCUGCGUGCAGUGCCGCGUCAACGCCGACUGUGCCGCCCAGGAGCGAUGCAAGGAGUCCGUCUGCCGACCCAAGCUCUCGCUCGGACACUCCUGCAAGCACGACUCGGACUGCUCCUCGAGCAAGUGUCGCGGCAACGUGUGCGUCCAGUGCACCAGCCGCUCCCACUGUUCCCGCGGCGAGUUCUGCCAGGCGGGCGUCUGUCAGGCCAAGAGUCCCCUCGGCGCCAAGUGUGAGGAGGACGACCAGUGCGCCUCCACGCACUGCAAGCGCGGCCUGCGCGAGUGUGUGGCAUGCACGAGAGACGUCCACUGCGGCUCCGGCAGGUUCUGUAUCGACGACAGGUGUCUGGAGCGGAUCCCCGUCGGCAACUGCUGCCGGACCUCCGCCACGUGCGAGUCGGGAGCCUUCUGUGACUCUGAGACGGACGGCCCGGCCCUGGCGCGGUGUACCUCCCAGAGUCAGCGGGGAGUGUGCGCCUUCCAACCGGACGGCGACGGCACGGGGAUGGAUGACAGUGGACGCAGAUAAGGUGGGAUUGUAAACGGCUGGAAACCCACGGUAAACUAUUUCCUUUAAGAGAUCUUCGACAUUAACGAGAGGUGCGAGGCCAUGAAUGGAGGAAGUCAUCUGAGAAACAAAUGAUCGAAAGACCAGUACUUGAUGGAAAAAUGAUAGACUCCGCGAGCUCUAGACCCUUUAGGUUUAUCACGUUCUUGAGAAAUAAGAUUAAUGUGUCUCAGGCGCCACUGCACUGCAGAGGCAUAGUUGUUAAAGGAUUUUAGCCUUAUUGUCCCAUAUGUUUAUGGCAAUUGUUGCUUGUUUUGCCACACUGUUUCGUUGGCGUGCGCUUAUUUGUGCUUUUGUUCUUGUAUGCAUUGUGUGUCCUGCAUCGUACGCAAUAAAUAUUUAUUGAACUAGCUUUG